GUUUUGCCCAGUUGAUACUUAGUUCGACAGAUGUUGAAAAAAAUGUCUGUGAUAAAACUGUCAUUUUACCUUGCAAUGUGACUAAUCUAAAGGAGAACAACAUAAAUGUUAUGUUUGUUACGUGGAAAAGACAAGACAAACAAAUUUUUUCUUUUGAUGGAGGAAAACUGGAGUUUUACAGAGAUCCAACGUUUCCAUCAGCUAAUUUAGUAUCUCAGACGGAUUUACCCAAGGGUAUUGCCUCUCUAAUACUUAACAGUGCAGAAGCAGAGGCUGGAAAUUACACUUGUGAAGUAACAGAAUCAAACAGAGAAGGAGUAACAAGACUUGAACUUAGAAACCUUUCAG